AUGAAAUAUUCAACAGUUUUAGCUACUUCCGCCUUUUUAGGUUUAAGUCUUUCUGCUACCAUUCCUUCUGAACCAUGGACAACUUUGACACCAACAGCAUCUGCUCCGUCAGGUGCAACAACUGAUUACGAUCACAAGUUUGGUAUUCAAAUUAAGACUAUUUCUUCCGCUUCCACUACUGCUUCUGCAUCAAGUGGUGCCCAGAAGAGAGAUAUUCUCAGAUUGAGAGAUUCAGUUAAUCAAAUCGGCGAUGGUCAAAUUCAAGAGCAAUCUCAAAGCUUGGAGACUCCGGCUCCUCUGUCUGCUUCUGUUGUCAACCAAAUUGGUGAUGGCCAAAUCCAACACCAAACUACUGCUGCUUCUGUUGUUAACCAGAUUGGAGAUGGUCAAAUUCAACAUCAAACUACUGCUGCCUCCGUCAUCAAUCAAAUUGGUGAUGGUCAAAUUCAGCAUCAAACCGCAUCAGCUGUCAAUCAAAUUGGUGACGGUCAAAUACAAAACCAAGAAAGUGCUGCUGCUACUGCCACAGCUGCUUCUCAGAUAAGUGAUGGUCAAGUUCAAGCAACUGAUGCAGCUGAAUCCGACGAUGAUUCAGGAAUCCCAUCCGCUUGUCUUACUGACAACUCUUUGAGUAUGACCUUGAGCAACUCUGUUUUGACCGACUCAAAGGGAAGAAUAGGUGCAAUUGUUGCUAACAGGCAAUUCCAAUUUGAUGGUCCACCGCCUCAAGCAGGAUCUAUUUAUGCUGCUGGCUGGUCAAUUACUUCUGAUGGUUAUUUGGCUUUGGGAAAUCAAACUGAAUUUUAUCAAUGUAAAUCUGGUGACUUCUACAACUUAUAUGAUGAAAAUAAUGCCGCACAGUGUUCUGGUGUUAAAUUAUCAAUCAUUGAUUUAGUUCUGUGUUGA